CGUCAGUACACGACUGAUUUUUAGGUUUCAUAAAAUCACUCGUACUUGGCAUGCUACGACUUCAUGUUUCGUCAGCAAAGUGACCAGAAGUAAUAAGAACAGAUAGGGUAAUAUUUUUGAUGAUAACCUACUGCUGACCGCUGUGUAAGUGGCUAUUCAGAUAAGCAGUUUGUAAGGGUGCUUAUGAAGUGAACUUGUAACAGCUGGCUAAGUGGUUGUUUUUACAGUUUGAAUUACAGAAUGUCUGAGAAGCGACUUGCACGAUGGUAUUUUGGAGGCCUAGCUUCUGCAGGUGCAGCAUGCUGUACACAUCCACUGGACCUUCUAAAGGUGCACUUGCAAACACAACAGGAAGGAAAACUUUCGAUGGCUCGCAUGGCAGUGACAAUUGUCCGGAAACAAGGACUGUUUGCUUUGUACAAUGGGCUUUCAGCUUCCCUUCUUAGGCAACUCACUUACUCAACAACGCGGUUUGGUAUUUAUGAGGUGACAAAGCAGGCUGUCGCCCCAUCUGGUGAAGCAAUACCUUUUUACCAACGGAUUGGAAUGGCAGCAGUUGCUGGUGCUGCUGGAGGCUUUGUUGGCACCCCUGGAGACCUGGUUAAUGUACGCAUGCAGAAUGACAUCAAAUUAUCUCCUGAAUUACGAAGAAACUACCGCCAUGCCCUAGACGGAGUAGUUAGAGUUCUUCAUGAAGAAGGUCUACAGCGGCUGUUCUCAGGGGCAUCCACUGCCACUGGUCGCGCUGUACUCAUGACUAUUGGACAACUCUCUUUCUAUGAUCAAUUCAAAAUGUUGCUACUAACAUAUGCUGGCAUGUCAGACAACCUCACCACACACUUUCUUGCUAGUCUUUCAGCAGGUGCAGUAGCAACAACACUCACUCAGCCAUUAGAUGUGAUGAAGACAAGAGCAAUGAACGCAAAGCCUGGAGAAUUCAAGAGCUUAUGGCACAUAGCCACGUAUACUGCCAAACUUGGUCCACUGGGUUUCUUCAAGGGUUAUGUUCCAGCAUUUAUAAGACUUGGGCCACAGACAAUUUUAACAUUUGUGUUCCUGGAACAACUGCGAAAAAAUUUUGGGGUAUUGGCACUACGUCAGUAAUAAGUUACCUUAUUUCUGGUCAAUAGGUUAUAUUUACAUCACAAAAGAAAGGAAGUAAUUAGCUGUUUAACCACUGGAGUAAGUGUACUACUUGCCAGUUUGACUUCUACAGUGCAAAGAAUACUUGAGAAUCAAAGGGUUUACAUGGUAAACUUUAUGAAUUUAUCAGUUCCAAACUAUGAACAUCAAAACAUAGAAUGCCAAAGUACAUUAAAAACAAUUAACAGAUUUUUCCUCAUUUAGGACACACAAAAAUUCCCAUAAUCAGUUUUUCUAUCUUGCAGGUGGAAAGUUAACAGUUACUGUCAUGAUUGGUCGUAGAAGGAAAUCACAUUUUUAAUUCCAUUGAAACAUCAUCAUAAAUUAAGAUCUUUGUUGUACUCAUUACCAUAGUUGUUAUUCUCACACGUUUUUUUACGUUUCUUGUUUACAGUUUUUAUCGACAUAAAAUUAUCACUUCACACAAACAAGGAUAAUUAUUGUCAAAUAUUUGCCUCAUUCUGAGAUAUUGUUGCUAUUGUGUAUUGCCUCUUCUUCAUGUAACAUAUCUUUGAUGGUUCUUCCAUAUUAUGCAUGGAAGAUGGUAAAGUAAGUAAUGUAAGUGUAGAAUAAUAAUGGAAAUUUCUGGAUGGAGCAAUAAUCAAAAUAAGGAAAAGGCAGACAGUUACCUAUAGCAGACUGAUGUAUGGGGCAUAGAAACAUGUAACAGAAAAACAGUAUUCACAGUACUUUAUGAGCACUUGCUUCUUUUCCAAGCAAAAGUUCACACACACACACACACACACACACACACACACACACACACACACACACACACACUUCUGCGGCUACAGUUUGCUUCUCUUGUAACACAUACAUGCACCCAUAUCUGAAAUGACAUGCAUUACAAGUGCAACAUCCAGUGGUUAAACAAUGUGAAUCUAUUUUGAUAUUUGUAUUUAUUAUGUAGAUUUUAUUUCUAUUUGUUUUGAAAGUCUGUAAUAUUUAUUUAAUUUUUAUAAAAGAGAUUAUGGUAUAUUAUUGGUUCAGCAAGUUUUUAGAUGUCUUCCAUACAAUAAACAGAUUUUUUGCUCUGAGUUACUGAUGGACUCUACUGAGUAAAGAUUAAUAGUGUGUGAAUGUGUUAAGUUUUCAGAGUCUAAUGCUUUUAUUGUAGUAAAUGGUACAGUUACCCUUUUUUCAUUUGUUUCUCUAAGUAAACAAUUGAAUAAAAGAAUUAUCUAGCUUAUAGUUCACUCAGUUUUUAUUAUUGUUAUGAGGCUUUAAAGAAAGGGGAAAUAUUGCAAUAAUAGUAAUAAUAAUAAUCGUGUGUUAGACUGAAAUGGAGUAGCUGCUAAUACCUAGUGACAUGGUCUGAUGUGAUUAUUGUAGAAGCAAUAGUAUUAGACUGAUUUUAAUUAUCCAUCCAUGAGAGACUGCAAAAUUUUUGUGAAAAACUUGCUACUUGUUGAAAAUAUUUUCAUCAAAUUUUUAAACAUCAAAUAACUGAAGUCAGUAUUGUUUGAAGUUGUAAACUGUGUAAUAUAUGUAUUACUUUUCAAUUGUGUGAUACAUGUGUCUUGUAUGUAAUAAGGAAACAGAACAACAUAAUAUGGUGCCAUGACUUUAUACCUGUGACUGUGUUAAUGACAUUGCAAUAUGCUAUAUGCCUGUAUACAAUUUACGUCUUGUGGCUGUCUCUAUGAUUUCCUCUUUAUGUGUCUGGCAGAAGUAUUAUAGUUUAAUAAACUGCCUAUUGCCUUUUUGUGAAAGAAUAUUUCAUAUUUUUCCUUUUAUCAUAUGAUGUUCAGAUACUGCUCUCUCUCUGUUUCUGCUGCACACAAUUAUAUGCUAAGAAUUUACUGUGAUGCAUUUGUUUAUAUUUAUGCAAUAUUAUAUGCAUGAAGGUGCUAUUACAAACAAGAGCCAAAAUGUGACAGAUAUUCACAUGUUGGGGUUUCCAGGAGAAACUAAUUCUAUGCAAAACCUUAUAUUUGAAGCAGAGGAAUAAAACAAUUUUGUCACAUUGGGCUCUUAAUCCAUAAUUGGACCAAUGAUCAGAACAGCAGUUUGAAAUGCUGCUGUAAAUGUGUGUAAGCAUUAAAAAGAAAUGGUGUUGGGAUGCCAUGGGUCAUGGUGUGACAAUGUAUUUAAAUCUGAAAUGUAGAAUUUAAUUUCCAUUGUUUUUGUUUAUUGAACAAGUUAAUUAUUAAGUAACAAUGUGUAGUGAUUGAUUUAGAGAUUUAUACUUUCAUAAUGACUGGAGCAACAUCUGUCUGUAGGUUUCAAGAAUGUUGCAAGGUGAAACUGUGUAAGAUCUACUAGGGAAUCCUGAGACUUUGUAGUAAGAUUUUGGAAGUUAUCAGAAUUAAUAGGUUAUAUGAGCAUUUAAUUGUGUUUUAUGCUUGUCCUUAUUAUGUUUCACAGUACUUUGCCAAGUGAGGUCACUGUAAUUUCCUUAUAUCCGAAUGUGUCCCUGUUUUACCGGAUUACACCAUUCUAAAUGAACUUUUGUUGUGCAAAUCACUAUUUGCGAUAUGUUCUGUGUAGUGUUAGGACAAAAAGCUCUGUAUGUAACAACUGUAAAUGUCAGUAACAGUUGACAGCAUGAAAUUCUAUGCUGCCAUUCCACCAGACACAUCUGAGUAAAACAUAGUAUUCAUCCAAGAUGAUAUAGUCUGAGGCAUCAUAAUUGUGAAAACAGUAGAAACCACAUUGCUCAAUCAUAAUAUAAAUUGUCAGUAACAUAUUGACUGUAACAAAGUGUCCAGAUCUAAUGCAUAAUCUUUGUUUUUCAUAUACAUACCAGUCUUAAAAAAAAAAAAAAAACUCUUCUAUUCACAUUGUAUUAGAAGAAGUAUUGCAUGUAAAUUCAUGGAACAUCACACACACUGAGAAAUAUUACAUGCCUUAAAAAUUAAAAAAAAAAUUAUAUUAAGACAUUUGAGAAAACUUCCACCAUGACAGGAACACAGUACUUAAAAUUUCUCAUGUUUGAUCCCAAAUUGUUACAUACAAGAGUUCAUUUAAAUAAAGUAAGUAUUAUGAGUGUUCUUGGACACUGGUUUUCAUGACAUGUAAGGGAUUAGAACUUUUAUUGUAAUUUUUAGUUUACUGUAAUAUCUGCAUUUGAAAACCUUGAAUUGAUGCGGUGCGAGCAGUUUUUCUUUAAAUUGUGACCGUAAACUUCCUUUGUAGUAAAAAGUUGUUAAUGCACAUUUUUAUGGUCUCCACUUCUUGUAUUUCCCUAACUGUUUUGUUUCUCUGUCUGUUUAAGAGAAGAACGUAAAUUUUGUAAUGUGAUGAAUAUAAACCAAAGGGAAAAUGUAGACAGUGGAAUAAUAACAGUGAGCAAAUAUGACUGUUGUGUUAUGUAUGGAAAUAAAUGUAAAGCAUUUUAAAGUAGUGUCAUUAAUACCUUUGUACCGUGUUACUUUGCAGUCUAUAGACAUAAAGUGAAAAUUAUUGAGUUUCUCAAUUUGAUACGAUAGUAGUUUAUUUAUAUUACAGCAUUGUAUGGAAAUUUUAUGUAAAUAGUUUUAAAGUAGUGUCAUUAAGACCUUUGUACUGUGUUACUUUGUAGUCUAUAGACAUAAAGUGAAAAUUAUUGACUUUCUCAAUUUUUAUUGAUAGCAGUUUAUUUGCAUGACAGCCAGUAGCUAGAGACUGGUUACAAUGUAUUAAUUUAUUCAAGAACAAAUGUUAGUCAUUACAAGAUAUUGAUUGUUGCAGAUAACUUGAUAUGUGCUGCAGAAAAUUGGCAUUAUAUUCUUAAAAUGAAUAAUUUAUUUUUGUCUCCAAAUUGUGGGACCAUUAAUCUCAGGAAAAUAUAUUAAACAUUAGUUUACAUAUCCAGUACACUUUUCUUGGCAGUUGUUGUAAACCAGUAAUGACUGCUCCUUUUGUUGUUGUAUUCACUGUAAAUUUACUUUAGUUAGUUUGCUGUUUUUAAGGCCAUCAUUUUCCAAAAAAUGAAAAAAAUUGGUUUUUUCACUUUAAUAUGGCUCUUGGAUAGAUUUAAUAAACAUGGCUCCUGUUACUACUAAAAUAUAAAUAGUUAUAUUGUCUUUAUACACCUCAUUGUCAAACAAUUGGAUUGAAUGAACAUAAAAAUUGGUAGUUUUUGCAACCAUGCAUAUUGAAGAAUGUUAUAUGGAACAGUAAUUAAUUUUCCAGUCUUCUAAUUGUGGGACCAGUAUUCUCAGGAAAAAUUUCUGAUACAUUCAGAUCUUUCACUUUAUUUUUUAUUUUUUUGCACUUUCGUUAGAUUAUUUAUAUUUGUAAACCAAUAAUAAUUGCUCCAUAUUGCAUUCACUUCCGUGCUACUAUAAUUAUAAUGUUUUAAAAUUACACAUUGCUAUCCAAAUGUUUGCAAGUUUAUGACCCCCAUAGAUAACGACAAAAGUGUAAUAAGGAGCAGAAUUUAUCCAGUGGUUCACAUAGGAUUGUCACUUAUGUGAUAACUGAACAAUAUAAAUGAAGACACUGACACAAAACCCAGAAAAUUUUAAAUGAAUUCUGACCUCAUAACAACCUGAGGAUGACAGUUAGGUGUCAUAGAAAGAAAGGUGCCAUUUUAUACUUUGUUUUGUCUUCCUACAUACAUGAACAGAAAAUACAAUUAAGUUAUCAUAUACAUGAGAUGAUAAAAAAAAAUGUUAGCCACACUGAGUAAUGGAAAUAACUGUGAAACAUAGUGUAUAUCAGUGUCCUGCUACAUAGAGAGAGAUGAGUUAAAUUUCGGGCAAACAUAUGCUUUUCAUUUGAAUAUCUAAUUUUCUCAAUAAUUAUUAUUGAUUUUUGUGUGCUGCAAGGGAGUUUGCUAUACUAACCCACUUAACAUGUACAAUUUUUUAUAGUGUAGCAAAACUGUUUCUUGAAUCAUCCACUCAUUUAGUAGAAUGACUCAUUAUAUCCAUAUAUUGUUGAUAGUGUAUGUUCAAAAAAUUUUAAUGUUAGUACUGUUAUCAGGUUACUGUGGACUCUCAAUUCAAAGUAUUAUUCUAUUUGUCAGUAGUACAGAUUUUGUUGCAUUUGUCCUUAUCAUUAAAACUUAAUUAUUUUUGUUGACCUUUGUGAAUUUCAUUUUUACAUUUACUGUUGACUAUAUUAAAGUUUAUGACUGUCUUUAAGUUAAACAUAAAGAAUGUGAAAUAAAGUUUAAUUGCAGGGCACAGUUUUGUCUUAUUCAUACUGUGAAACUGGUUAAUAGUUUGAUUGGUUCUGAUUUCAUGCAUGCAUUUUCUGUACAGUCAUGUUUCAGUUUUUGUGUGUGGACGUUUGCCUCCUGAGAAACUGUUUAAAUUGCCAAAAUGUAGUGCAGGUAAGGAAUAAUUAGUCAUUUGUACUUGCUGUCACUUCCGGGUGAUAUGGCCUACAUAUGCAGUAUUGUUUGAAAACAUCUUUCAGAUUUACAAAGCUAUAUAUAAAUGUUGUAUUUCAUAUUCAAUUGUUGACAACUAUUAUUGUUAUAAACAUGCAUUUUGCUUUCAUUUAUUGAAUACUGUGAUGUUUUGUGAUGAUGUUAUGGAAGCUGUUACACAGUGCUAAUCAGUUGGUUUAAAAGUUUUUCAUCAAAAAUUUUAUAUAUUUUCUUUUGACUGUACACCAUUAAUUUUUCAUAAUUAUUUGUUGAAAAUGAACAGAGUUGUUAUCCCCAGUAAGUUGCUUGCAUUUAUUGAUGAAAAAUGUAUUUGUUAUUAAGCCAAAAAGUGUCACUAACAGAUGUUAUUUUGUGCACCCGGUGAAAUAAAUGUGCAACAUUUA